AUGUCUCAAAAUGGAGUGACUCGCGAUUAUCGCGUCGUGGUGGUUGGACCACCGGUGGUUGGAAAAUCUGCCCUCACCAUCCGUCUGACGCAGUCUGAGUUCGCAACUGACUAUGACCCAACCAUAGAAGACUCCUACAAACACUACUGUGAGAUAGACGGGGUCUCGUCUUCGCUCGAUAUCCUGGAUACCGCAGGUCAGGAGGAAUACUCUUCGAUGAGAGACCUGUAUAUGAGCAGUGGAGAGGGUUUCGUCCUAGUAUUCAGCUUGACCGAUCGCAAGACCUUCGAGGAGAUCACCGGUUUCUACAACCAAAUCGUGAGAGUAAAAGGGGAGAGCUCAUCGUUUGUUCCCUUGAUGCUCGUUGGUAACAAGAGUGAUUUGCAGAGUGAGAGAGAAGUGAGCUCUAGCGAAGGAAUAGCCCUUGCCAAAAGAUUUGGUGCAGCUUACAUCGAGUCUUCUGCGAAGACCAACGUCAACGUCUCCGACGCCUUCUACGGCCUGGUCAAAAUUAUUAGCGCAGGCAGUUUACUCUCUGCAAACCUGACCAAUGUUCUUGAACCUUCGGAAGAAGAUAUUGCCAACGCUGCCAAGGCCUCUGCCAAUGCCAAGGUAUCUAAAAAGGCCUCUACAUCCGCUCCAGCUGCAGCUACUGAGCAACAGACGAGUACUACCAGGCCAGGUGUUAGCCAAAAGACCGCUACUACCACUCCUGCUGCUCCCAAGGAGUCUGGUGGAUGUUGUGUCAUUGUUUAA